UGGUGCCUGUAUGUAAAUGCAAGUUUUCAACUUCAUCUGUGUCUAUCUCUUGAUUCCCGCGAUCAGUCAAGUUCAAUUCUUCUGAAAUUUACUCUAUGAUACUCAGUCCAUCUUCCCUCAAAUUUUUGUGGCGAUUGAUGCUGCAGUGGGCGCGUUCUUGUGCUUGGUCGCUUUGGCGGGUGCACAGCAGGGUGGUUGCGCCGCGUAGAUACGAGUCUCACAUUUUUUUAGGGGAGGGGCUGCGUGUUGCGCCGACAAGUUUGAAGCCUACAGUGGACGGAAUUUGCCAAAUCUUGGUUCCCUAGAUAGCUACUGGCAUAGUCUACUGCUGUAAGCCUUUAGCCUUCGGUGGAUGUACGCCAGUCGCGCUGCUAAUCUGUGUAAAACGAUAUUUUUUGUUCCUCCGCUUACUUUUUUUUUUUUCUGUCGUGCCUGUUGUCUGAGCACACGACCUUGUUCGCUCUCUGCUUUUCGCCCGCCGCGCGUUGGCGCCCGGUUUUCUCUUCCUUCAUAGUGGCUGACGUUUGCAGAGCCCAAACUCCAGUCGACCCUUAUCGCUAUGUUCGCGGCGUGCAAGGAGAUCGCCUACAAAAUCCGUACCGCCUCGUGUGACAAGAUGGCGUGUUUCAACGAAUUUGGCGAUGAGCAGCUGGCGAUCGACGUACUUGCCAACAACGUUAUCUUCGAGAACCUGAAGGCGAGCGGAUGCUGCGCAACAGCCUCCUCCGAGGAGACCCCCGUCGAGGACCCCAUGGGUGGCGAGGGAUACUCGGUGGCGUUCGACCCGCUUGAUGGAUCAUCCAUCAUCGACACUAACUUCGCCGUGGGUACCAUCUUCGGCGUGUGGCCGGGCAGCCGGCUGGUAGGCGUGAGUGGACGGGAUCUUGCAGCAGCCGGGAUGGCUGUGUACGGCCCCCGAACCACCAUGACAGUCGCUGUGGACGGCAUGGACGGCUCCCACGAGUUUCUCCUAAUCGACGACUUCUCUGGGCGCCACGGGCAGUGGGUGAAGACGAACAGCUUCACCACCAUCGACGAUGGCAAGCUGUUCGCCCCAGGCAACCUCCGGGGCACGCAGGACAACGAGGGAUACAACGAGCUCUUCAACUUUUACCUGGACAACAAGUACCAGCUGCGUUACACUGGGGGCAUGGUGCCGGAUGUAAACCAGAUCAUGGUGAAGGGCAAGGGGAUCUUUGUCAACCCAGCGUCUGCGGCUGCUCCCGCGAAGCUCAGGGUCCUGUACGAAGUUGGCCCGAUCGCGUACCUGAUCGAGAAGGCAGGCGGCAAGUCGUCCGAUGGCGAGAACUCUGCUCUGGACAUCCAGAUCCCCAACACGGAGGUGGCGUACGGUUCUGUCGGAGAGGUGGACCGGUUUGAAAAGUUGGUCGGCGUGAAGGCGAUGGUGGCUGACGCGUAGGGAGGCAGUCAUUUUUAACAGU